AAUGGACUCCUAAUGUGGUUUAUUUCAUAACUUCAAUGUUUCAAUACGAAAGUAUAUGGAUUUACACUGCAUCAGUAGUUUGCAUAAAUCUUGGUGGAAUCGCAAAUGUGAUCCUAUAUAUUUCACAUGAAAGUUGGAAAAAUAAAUAUGACAAUGAAAGUAGUGCUCAUAUCACGAAUAACUCCAGUGGAUCUAGUACGUAUGUUACGAAUAACUCCAGUGGAACUAGCAAAAAUCAUCAAGAGUCAUAUCCUCAAAUAAAAGUUCAUAUCAGUACGGUUGAAAAAGCAAACUUUACUUCUGAAUCAACAUUGGAUUUGUCAGAUCAUGAAUUAUAA